GACCUCACGGGGGUGAUCCAGAGGGCCAUGGGGUUAUAUAAAUCCCAGGGCAGAGAGGAGGUGGAGCGGGGGGAGUGAGGAAGCAGAAGAUGGCAGGAGAACCAGAGCCCCGGCAGACAAAGAACCAUGAGGAGGAGGACACAUUUGGAGGCAAGGGAUUUGCUGAGAACGACCCUGAGGGUCUCAUUCCCAGAUCUAAGAGCAUGCCAGAAUGUGUGACCCGAGUCCCCUGGCUUCUCCUGCUUCUCAUCUCUCUGGGUGUCUUUGUGCUGAUGUUGGCCAUCCUGGUUCAAGUUUCCAGGAUUCGUGGAUACCCACAGGGACAGACUCUGGAUCAGCAGGGGACCUCCAGCUUGGACGCUGUUCCUCACGAGCAGACACACUCCAGCUUGGAGCAGAUCCAGCAGCAGCUGACUCAGAUCAAUGCCUCCCUGGCUGGCCUGUGCCGACCCUGCCCCUGGGACUGGGAGCUCUUCCAGAGAAGCUGCUACCUCUUCUCCAGGACCCUGGGCAGCUGGGAAGCCUCGGCCUCCUCCUGCCAGGCUCUUGGAGCCCACCUGGUGAUUAUCAACAGUGUUGAAGAACAGAGAUUCAUGAAAUACUGGAAUGUGAGGAAGAACCAGCGCUCCUGGAUCGGCCUCAGUGACCACAGACGGGAAGGCUCCUGGCAUUGGGUGGAUGACUCCCCCCUGCAGCUCAGCUUCUGGAAAGAAGGGGAGCCCAACAAUGAUGGGGACGAGGACUGCGUGGAGCUGUUCAUGGAUGACUGGAAUGAUAAUAAAUGCACUGAAGAAAACUUCUGGGUCUGCGAGCAGCCCUCGGCUCCCUGCCCUGGUCACUGACUGGCUGUGCUUCCCCUGGGCAUGCAGACAACUUGGGGACACUGUGCUCUAGUUCCAGCUGCCCUCUUCAUCCCCAGUGUCCCUGCUAGGAGUCCUCUGGGAUCCCGAGAGUCCCUGAGACACCUGGCCUGCAGUGCUUCUCUCCUUCUGUGGGUGAUCUCAUUGCUCUUCCCAGCCCAUGACCCCCAGGACAGUCACACACACGUGGGUCUAGGGUGUAACUCACGACACACAGCUUGUCUAGCAGGAGGGAAGGUCUCUGUGUUCCAUCCCCAGCACUGAAAUAAAAGAACGAACAAAAAUUCA